AAUAUAACUGGAAUGGAUUAAUCGAAUAUCUAACACCAAAGUUAAUACAUAUUUUAAUAAAUAGCGCACUAACAACGAUGUGGCACGAUCCUAUCGGUCAGAAUCGUGCCACACCAAGGGUCACAUGAUCUCAUCCACAACCGGUCAAAGUGAAUGGGAUCAAAUGUGGCUACAUGGACUUAUUCCUCUCUGCUGUAACCGCACAUGCGAGCACAUGCGAUUCUUUUUCCUGUGCACGCACGAAGUGGGCAGCUUCUUCUCCAAUCUUCCAUUCUUCAACUACAAGGACGCUGGGGAAAGCUCGGACGACCUGGGCAGCUGCGCAAGAGCAGAAUCGCACCAGGGUCAAGGCCGGGGCCGUCCACCAGGGGCGCUCCUCGGUAGUCGCUGCAUGCUAGGGAGCCGCUGCCAGGGCCGUAGCCAUGGAGGCUUGCCAGGCGAGGGCCGAGGGGCAUGGGCUAGCAGGGGUAGGGGCCUGGGGCAGCGCGGCUCGCCGGCGACCCACCAGCCAACGGCGCUUGCGCACACAGGACGUGCAGGGGGGCACGACUGCAGGGACUCGGCCAUGGCCAUGCGCUGGGGCCACACAUCGGAGGGAAGGGGAGCCGCGCAGGGGCUCGCCGGGAGGAGACGAACUGCUUGGCAGGGGGCAGAGAGGGCUACUCGCCGGGGAAGAACCCGUGGGGAGGGAGGGAGCAGCCAGAGAGGAAGAGGGAUAAAGGGAGAAGAGGGAGCCUCACUCGGCCACUAACCUCGGCAACGACGAGAGCAUCGCAGAUCUUCCUGGGCGAUUCGGCGCGGCGAACGACUGAGCGGCCAGGACAUGGAGGGCAGCUCACCGGAGAGCCGAGGUCGACUGGGGGGCGGGGCUGGCCGCCGCCAUGGCCACGGCUAGGGGUUGUAGCCGGCCGGACGCCGUGCGCAGAGGCCCGGCCCUGCCUUGCCGUGUCCACGGGAGUGGUUGCUGAACGAGACGAGGGAGAAGAGAGCGGUAUGGAGAAUAGAAUUAUGCGAGCGACACGCGAGUUGAGCGACAAUUUCGUUCUGGUCACGCCCACGUUGUGGGUAUGAGCCAAGAGCCCAGAUGACCGAGUGAAGCAGGAGGCGGU